AUGCCUCGUCUAAUCCCGCUGUCUGAAGAAGUUAAGAGUCUUCUUCAGUAUCCCCCUUAUUGGGAAAAAGAUCAUAAUCUGUGGGACGUCCUUGAUUGGGACAUGUUCUUCAUCAGCAAAUUUCCUUUCGGCACCAUCCAACAAUCUCACUCAGCAUUGUCAAGCGAACUUGAGCUGAUUAUAAAAAAAAUUCCAAAAGGCUGCAGGAAUCGCAAGGCGUUGUCAAUCCUCAAAUGUAUUAAGCUCCAAAUAGAGGGCAUGGUGCUACGCCCUGCGACCGCGGUCGGAUUCCGGGUUUUUCUGCGGUCUACCUGGAUGGGGAAGAAGAAUGUUGCGGCUCAGGUUCUUGAAAAGAACCGACCCCUACAUGCACCUGUCGCUUUGUAUUGGAGCUGUCUAGUCACACUCUGCGACUGCGGUCGAGCGACUUUUGUCGCAAAGGGCAAUACUGCGGCUUGCCCGAAGUGGGAACGCGGUGAUGAUAGGCUUGUAAACUUUUGGCAGACUCACUCUCGAAAAUUAGCUAAUUUAGCCAUAGAUAACCGAAUCAGUGAGGAAUUGAUUACGAAUGCUGCGAUGUCUGCUACAGCUAGCAAGGCACGGAAGCUUUAUAAUCAAUCGAAAAAUCGUGAAGAUCCCCUUGUUGCAUCAUCUUCUAAACGAAAACUUGCAGACUCGGUUGAUGAGGUUCUAUCAGAAUGUGAAUCAUUGGAUUUAGAAAGUGCGGAUGCCAAAGGAGUUCAGUUUGAUGAACCCACGGAAGCGCGAUUGGACAGCAUGUCAGAGAAAACGGACCAGAGCUUUAUCGAUGAAAACGAUAUAGCUGAGUUUGAGAACGUAACUCGGCUCAAUAGCGAGGAACAUCAAGCAUCCAGUGGAGAUGAUAUUGAUUGGGAAGACAUCAAAAGUCGCAUUGAUAAAUAUCGUGAAACCAUUAAGCAGGAUAAGAAACUUUACAAUCCUUUAUAUUACUAUAUAAUAGACCACUCAAAGCAGCAUAUACCAACCAACGAGCUGCUUCAGACAGAGCUUCCUAAAAUUGGUAGACAGCUUUCCGUUGAUUUCAAUAUUCAAGAUAAUGCUUUAUCAGAAGAUGAAGGCGAAUUCCUGGAUCAGUUAUUAGAUUCUGACGAUCUAGAGACUAUUAAACUUCGAAAACCAUCAGAUAAGGAAAUCAAAAACUUGGUACGGACGCUGAAAGAAAACCACGCUCGGCGCCGUGGUUGUUUGUCCGAGAUUCAUCACACUAUUAGGACUUUGAUUCCGUUUGUUGAUGCUACGAUGGAUUUGCCAGGGCCAAGACCUUAUCAAGUUGAAUGGGGGGAACACGUAUUACAAGCGUGUACAGAACGACGAAAUGAGAAUCGUGACCCUCAAUUAAAUUCGAGAGUGGGCUUGAAAUGCGAUUGCAGGAUUGUGUGUACAACAGCAUCAUGGAAAGCCGAAAUUGGAGUCGGUGAAGUUUCUGGAGGUCUACCAGAAUGUAAUCAUGUUAAAUCAUGGGAAGACAAGGUCAAAUUGGCCAUCGAACUCCGGGACAUGUUAAUGCACAUACGCCGCCGUUUAAACAUUGAAGUUCCUGUCUUUGGCUGGCAGCUGCGUGGGUUUCGGCUAAAAUUGUACGCCAUGUCCUCACUCAAAGGCUUUUUCCAUAUGCAACUCAUUCAUGAGAUAGACCUCCCAAGUGGCGAGGACGAUCUUUAUCUUGUAGAAGACGGUGUUCAAGCGUUUCGUUCAUUUAAUCUAAAGAUGGAGGAGACCGCCAAACAUAUCAGAGAACUCGUGAGAACCAAGAUCAAGUUCCAGCGGAAACAAAGGGCUAGCGUUUUAAAUCCGAGAGUUCAGCGUUGUGUGACACCGCCAUUAUCGGGACAGUUACCCAUUGUGGCGACGCCGGCGCCUAAAAAACAACGCAAGAAUGGGGAAGUCGCUGAUGAUAUUGGGUUGAAUUAG